UGUUUGGGUAUCUUUGCUUAUUAAGCCAGAUUUUCUUAGACACAAAGAAGUGGAGAAAUACUAUCCCAUUUUCUCUGUCUCUCCACUCCAUGGACUUGCAACUGAAGCAAUGGAGAAUUCAGCAGCAGAAUGAGUCAGAAGAACAAAGCUAUGCAACUAAGAUGUCCAAGUCUUUCUCCCAUCAGAUUCAAUCUCAAACUGCAACUUCUGCUACUGCUCUACCUCUCUUUGUUCCUGAACCCACCACUUCUUCAUCCUUCUCAUGUUUCUCUCCUGAUUCUUCCUCGUCUAGGUUGCUCAGUAAGCGUGCAAGGAAUUUUUUCCACUUAAAAGUUGAAACUAUUGCUGAUUUGUUUGUAUGGGUUUUGUCUGUAUUUUGUAUGUGAAUUUUGUAUGUGAAUUUUGUAGAGAUGGGAAACUUGUUUAGCUUGGCACAGUGGCAAGAACUUGAGCUACAAGCACUGAUAUACAGAUACAUGCUGGCUGGUGCUUCUGUUCCUCAAGAGCUCCUCUUGCCCAUCAAGAAAAGUCUCUUCCAUCAAUCUCAUUUGAACUUCCUUCACUAUCCUCUGCAACAUAACUUCCCCCAUCACCAACCCUGGUACUGGGGAAGAGGAGCAGUGGAUCCUGAGCCAGGGAGGUGCAAGAGAACGGACGGGAAGAAAUGGAGAUGUUCGAGGGAUGUUGUAGCCAGUUACAAGUAUUGCGACCGCCAUAUCCACCGUGGUCGAAACCGUUCAAGAAAGCCUGUGGAAACCACCACAAAUGCUGCCACAAAUGCCGCAUCUUCUUUUGCCUUAGGCGAGAAGCUUGGGCAGGGACCAGACAAUCUUUUCUUCUCCUCUAGCUCUUCUCAUUCUUCAACUCAGCAUCUCCACCUUAAUAGUCAUCAAAGUUGUUCUUCAGAGAUGAAACAAGAAAGCAACAACAAAAAGAGACCAUAUGAAGCUCACAAUAAUGGAAGAACAAACGAUGGUCACAUCCUGAGGCAUUUCUUUGAGGACUGGCCACAAUCAUCAGACUCAACCUCACGUCCAAUGAGCUCAUCGACUUGUCAUCAUUCCAUCUCCAUGCCCAGUUACGCUUCAUCAGAUGUUUCUCUAAAACUUUCCACAUGCAAUGAAGAAGAAGAAGCAAACAUGAUUAACAACAACAACAAUGAGAAGGAGCAUCAACAAAACAUGAAUUGUUUGAGCAGUGGAGGAAACGACUACAAUAUGGAUGGACCAUUGGCUGAAGCCUUGAGGUCAGCCUCUCCGACUUCCAGUCUUCUUCAACAAAUGGGAAUCUCAACUCAAAUCUUUCGUUGAAGAAAGUGUUAUAUGAAACAAAUCCUCUUUUAGCUACCUUUGAAUAUGCCUUUUUGCCAAAAAAUUAUGUCAGUUUUGAGUCUUUGUACAAGCAGAUGGAACUUAGCUUUACAAUCAAGACUUCCAGUAACAUCAGUGAGAUAUUUUAUGCAUUCAAAGCUGCCUAUCAGUCCUUUCUUUUAAAGUUUUCAUGAAUUUGCUGGUUACAGAAAAGAUUUGGUUACAAUGUCAAUGAUUAGGAGUCAUUCUAAUCUAUUGAAACCUAACCUACAUUGAAAACUGAAAAUCAUACCUAAAGUGAAUCGAGAAGGGAACAUUGGAUUCUUUCACUACUAAUCUGUGAAGCAAAACAUAAAAUACUGAACAAGGGAGUUAAAGCAUAAAACUCGAUUAAGUUAAUAGUAUUUAAAUAAGGCUUGGAAUUUUGAACCUAACUAAACCUCCGAACCGAACCAAACUUUUGGUUAGUUUGGUGAGAAGUUCAGUUCGAUUCAGUAGGUUUUCUAAAAAAACUUCAGUUUUCGGUUCGGUUCGACAACCGGUUACUUCAAUUUUCUUCUUUGAAGAACCCAAACCGAACCAACCAACUUUCAAAUUAAAAUAAACGAACUAAUCGAAAUUAACCAAAUCUAUCCAAAAUUUUAACAAAAUUAAACCAAAAAUAAAGGAAAUCAAAAAGUAGAAUUUUCAGAAAUUGAUUACUGAACUAGCUGAAUACUGAAACAAACUGAACUUUAUUUCAAGUUAAUUUAGUAAGAUUUAUGUUGAACCAAUUACAUUACCGAACCGAAUAAUCCAAACUAACCAAAAACCGAACUACCCGAACUGAAUAACUCGAAAC